AUGGCAUUCGAACAUUAUAAUCUCAGGGUUCCAGGCUGUGUUCCGGACGAGCUUGUAUGGCUCUCCAAUCCCAUCUAUGAAGCGUCGGAAACGCCCAUGGAGCCCCCUGAGAAACGGAGAAAGAUUGAUAAGAAAACGCCUUAUAUUGAUCUAAAAUAUGCAGCGGAUACCCUGCCCCAGUAUAUAGCAAUCGGCAAAAUCGAGAUUUCACUUGAGUUUGCCAAACCGUCUCCACGUUCAUCUGUAGAUAGCAGUCAUGACAUCGACGUACCGGUCGUUGCUUUGCUUAGAAAUCCGCAUCAUUCCAGACCCGGUGUGAAUCUGGCCCUCUGGACGAAUGCGCAUGAAAUUAUUUUAGAGGACGUUGAAGGCCUGGACUCUGGACCGCAGGAUAGCUUUAUGGGGGCUCUCUGGACAUCCCUUUCGAACUCAACCUCGAUUUAUUGUCCUCGUGCGAAGCUACCUGUUGUGUGCUCCCAAACACAUAUCAAGAGAGGCUCAGACCCUCAAGCUCCAACCUACAUCCUUGAAACAAGAAUUUUAUGGAUAAACUCAGCAGAGAUACGAUAUAUGAUACCUGACUUUGCCCUGAAAGUGCUUUGGAAAUAUUUCAAAGCGCAACUUGGCUUGCCUACAAACUCAACAUACCCUCCGCACCCUCAUAUAGAACCACCUCAGUUAAGCUUAAGUGAUUUUUAUGACAGUGUUCAUGUUCCACAGCCACAGUUACGUAUACCUCCGAUUGAAGGGCUAGGUUUGAUCAAAUGCACCUUAUUCCCCUUUCAACAAAGAACUGUCAGUUGGCUACUAGCGAGGGAAGGUAUGGACAUUUUGCCCAAUGGAACCCUACGUCACCGGCCACAGGCUCAGGAAAUCCCGCUAUCCUUCACCAAGGUGGUAGAUGCAGACGGCCAGCCGUGCUAUGUCAGCCUACUUUUCAGAGUAGUCAUCAGGAAUCUGUCAGCCUGGAACCAUGCGGAGAGACAUUUGAAAGGGGGGAUUCUUGCAGAGGAGAUGGGGUUGGGAAAAACCGUGGAAAUGCUUUCGCUGAUAUGCACCCACAGGCGGCCUGAUCGAAUCAACGGAAGCUACCCUCCCACUCCGGCAGGGCUGCUGGAAUCUCGGGCCACGUUGAUAAUUACACCUCCGUCAAUCCUAAAACAGUGGGAACAAGAGAUUGCUAUCCAUGCACCAGGUCUCCGUGUUAAGCAUUAUACAGGACUGAGGAAGAGCAAAGUAGACGACAAGGAGUUAACACGCGAGUUAGCUUCCUACGAUAUAGUCCUGAUGACAUACAUGGUUUUGAACACUGAAAUAUAUUAUGCCGAAGACCCCCCCGAUCGGCCGUCCCGACACACAAAGAGAGCUCCUAUAAGGAAAUCCCCAUUGAUGCAAAUAUCCUGGUGGCGCGUAUGUAUUGAUGAAGCCCAGAUGGUUGAAUCACAGUCUAGCAAACCUGCUAGGGUUGCCAGGAUUAUUCCACGAUGCAAUGCCUGGGCCAUGACCGGCACUCCCUUGCGAAAGGACAUUGAAGACAUAUAUGGGCUGUUGUCAUUCUUACGCUAUGAGCCAUUCUGCCUCUCGACAAGCAUCUGGAAGAGAGUCUGUACAUACCCUCCCAUCUUUAAAUCAAUGAUAGGAAAAAUCGCUCUCCGACAUAACAAAGAUACCGUCUCCCAUGAACUUCGUUUGCCAAAGCAGAAACGUGUUGUUAUCACUAUCCCAUUUACAGCUGUUGAGGAACAGCAUUAUGACCAACUGUUUCAACAAAUGUGCGAAGACUGUGAUCUCGAUAGAUCUGGUGUUCCCAAAUCUUUCGAAUGGGAUCCUCAGCUAUUGCAACCUCAGACGAGGACUGCCAUUUCCAAGAUGAGGUCGUGGUUAUCGAGGCUUCGAAAAGCCUGUCUUCAUCCUAAAGUUGGCGCUGCCGCGAAGGAGCGUAUCCUUCUUAUUUCCCAGAUCCGUAGAGGCCAGAUAAUGGAAAAUGCCUUGAAGCCAAUGCAAUCCCUAGAAAUCUGGAAAGAUUCAGCAAAACGCUCUGGCUUAAUCGUACAGGGAUGUCGAGAUCAGCUUCAUGAAGAAAUUAGAAAGCGAUCUGAGAAGGAAAAAGAAGGCCUACCAGGCGCGGAGGACGAGGAUCAGGAUGAAGAUGACAAUAGUGAGGCCGAUGAAUCGGAAAAUGAACAACUGAACAGGCUUGGGAUGCUCCGGCACCGGCUCCGAACUGCCCUCGAAGUUGAACAUAUGUGUGAAUUCUUCAUGGCCAAUGCUUAUUAUCAAAUAAAAACUGACCCUGAGCUUACUGAGCCCGAGUCUGAUCGCUUUCAUGAGUUAGAGAAACAUGAAGAAAGUGGAUAUGAGACCGCAAAAAUGAUCAGAAGGGAAAUGCUUGGAGAUACCAUCAAAAUGGUGAAUGGGCAGAUCAAUCGCCUUAAAGCGAAGGUUGGAAAAGAAGGGGUAUUCCAUGUACCCAACAUGUCCACAAAUUUGGAAGCCGUCGGUAUAGAAAGCCGACGUCUGCUGGAUCAAGUGGAAGACUUCUGCGAUGCCAUGGAGCCUCAUACCGAUACAUUUAACAAGUGGCUAGACCACAUGGCAAAGCUACUCCUGCAAGCUUUGGUUGAUGAAGAAGAAGGCACCGAGCUAAAAGGAGAUGAAUAUGAAUCAUCAACGAAGCAUCAGGACGAAAUGUAUGUGUACAUGGAAGGUCUUCGAGUGAUGUUUGCGCGCCAUUAUGCAGCAAUUACUGGCCAAGUGAAUAACUUGAUCACACACGAAGUCGGUGUUGCUCUAGAAAGAGCUAAGCUGGGCGAAGGUCCGGCUCCAGAGCUAUAUAUUUCACUAAUCAAUAAAUGUGAGGAGCUUAAAUUGCCUCGCGGACAGCUUUCUUUGCGAGGCCUUGUGAAUGAGCUUCGCAACCUUGUUGUGUCUCUGGAACGACAAGAGAUUCAUGGAAGUUCAAGAGCUCGCGCAGAGCAUUCGAUCGUUCAUGAUAUACUCCGUGAAGUCAGCAAGAUGUUCUCAGUUCAGUCGAAAGCAAUACCACCCCUAGAAAAGCAAAUGGAUCUCUUCAGGAGCGUUAUGAAUAAGAGACUCGAAUACUACCGCCAACUUCAACAGAUAUCCGAUACAGUCGCACCCUAUGAUGAAGAGAAACGUGGUAAUCCGCUAAAUCAAGAAGACUUUGACGCAAAACUACAAAAUGAACAACAACUUGAUUCCAAGUUAUCUUCACUGAAGGCUAAACACCGCUAUCUCAUCCACCUUCGUGACGAAUCUGGUGCUGAUGAAACAGCUAGAAUCUGCGUUAUCUGUGAUUCCGUCUUUGAGAUUGGGGUUUUAACUAUCUGUGGCCAUAAAUUCUGCAAAGAUUGCAUACGGCAUUGGUGGCGUCAAAGUCAAAGCUGUCCAAUAUGCAAGAGUCGCCUAAAACGCAGUGACUUCCACGAGAUUACAUACAAACCGCAAGAAAUUGUCGCCCAUGAGGAGAAUGCGCCCAGUACUGAACCAGGCAAUGCACAUAAGAAUCCAAUAUAUUCUGACAUAAGUUCAAAGGUAUUAGGAGAAAUCCAGAAUAUCGACAUCCCUGUGUCUUAUGGAACGAAGAUUGAUACCCUCUCCCGGCACUUGUUAUGGUUGCGACAGCAUGAUCCCGGCGCAAAAUCCAUUGUUUUCUCCCAGGACAAGGAGUUUUUGGGAAUACUAAGUCAGGCAUUCUACAGGUUCAAAAUUGGUUAUUCCAGUAUUGAUACUCCAUUUGGUAUCGAGAGGUUUAAGGAAGAUCACACAAAAGAAUGCUUUCUCCUGCAUGCGAAAGCCCACGCAUCCGGCCUCAAUCUAGUGAAUGCAACCCAUGUCUUUCUUUGCGAGCCAUUGAUCAACACCGCUAUUGAACUUCAGGCCAUAGCUCGAGUCCAUCGCAUCGGUCAACACCAAGAUACAACUGUAUGGAUGUAUCUUGUUGCUAACACUGUGGAGGAAUCUAUAUACCAAAUCUCUGUGGCUCGCCGUCUAGAACAUAUUGCACAGAGACGUGAGGAGAGCUUGAAAAAACAGGAGAAACACUAUCCUACAUCAUCCAGCCAUAUUUCGGAAAGCUACCAGGAUCCAAAUGAGAGUGGCACACUGAUUAAUUUAAAACAUCUAGAUGAGAAUAUCCUUGAGUCUGCAAAUUCCCAUGAACUGGAAGAUAUUACCCCGGGAAACCUACUCUCUGGACCCGGCGCAGAGGGUGAGAAAGUGAGAGACUCGGAUGUCUGGCAGUGUUUAUUCAGUAACCAGAAGAGGAACGGUACCAUCUCUAAUGAUGUCGCAGACGCUGAGACAAUUGAAGGUAUCCAGAAUAAUGUUGGCCGUGCUCUAAGGGCUAAUGCUGCCGAAACCCGGCGACUGAACCAUGCAUUACCUUGA